AGUCAGUUAUCAGUCGAUCCCAGUCGAAGGUAUUAUAACAAGAUGUUCAAGUUUGUAGCAGUUGUCGCUUUCCUCGCCGUGGCCGCCGCGUCACCCGAUCCAGCCCUCAUCAGCGCCGCUCCAUUGGCCUACUCUGCCGGAUUCGGUCCCGCAGUCACUGCCUACAGUGCAGCUAGCCACAUCUACAAUCCAUCUCCAGUUGUCUACUCAUCCCCCGCUCUUGCCUACUCUGGUAACUACGGUUACGCACACUAUAUCAAGAAACGUUCUGCUCCUCUGAUCAGCAGCUACUUCGCAUCUGGCCCCUUGGCCACGACCUACGCCGCAGGACCUUUUGCCGCCACGUACGCCGGUGCUCCUCUGGCUACCACCUACGCCUCUGCUCCACUAGCCAGCACCUACACCACCUACGGCUCUUCCCUGUUGCACGCAUCUCCAGUAUACACUAGCCCUCACUACAUCAAGAAGCGUUCUGCACCCUUGCUCUUACCUUCAGCAUCCUACAUAGCACCAGCAGCUUACUCGAGCUCUCCCCUCGUCUCUACCUACUCCGCAUACUCUGCCGCUGCCCCUAUCUACUCCUCCCCCUACUACUCAACUUCUCCCCUCGCCUACACUCAAUUCAUCAAGAAAUGAAAAGUUCUAAGGACUUCUAACAAUCUUCUAAUUCUGGACAAUAGCAUUUUUAAACAAACGUGCCUAAUGUAAAUUUCAAAUGAUGUACAUAAAACCUGUAUAGAAUGACUAACUACGUUUGUAAAUAAAAGCCUUCAAAUCUAAA